AUGCCCAAGAUUCUUGUUAUCGGCGCUACAGGCUACCUAGGCUCUCGCCUCUGCGGUUUUCUCGUACAGACAGGCCUACACCGCGUCUACGGCAUCGCCCGGGCCCCAGAAAAGGCCAAGGGCCUCGCUCUGAGCGAAGUCACGCCCAUUCUAUGCCCCGACCCUGUCAACGAGCCCAGCCCAUACCUUACAGCCAUCCAGGAACACAAUAUUGAUAUUGUGGUCGAUGUUGCUGGCGCAGACGCCCAAUCGGCCAAGUUCCUAGCUGACGUCGCCGACAUCGGCAGACAGCGCCUCGAGCGCUUCGCAGCCGCGGGCAUCCCCAACGGCCCCAAGCUCGGCUUCAUCUACUGCUCAGGCAGCUGGGUACACGGGUCGUCCAACAAACUCGUCAACGACCUGGACAUUGUCGGCGCUGAGGGUUCACUUGCACCACCCCCCUUGAUUGCAUGGCGCGUGGCCUUUGAAAAGACGGUGCACGCCGCAUCUUCUACACUAGCCGUGGCGGUUGUGCGCCCGGCGCUCAUCUACGGCCGCGAAAAUACCAUCUGGACAAGCUAUCUACUACCACUCCUUCAAGCAUCUCGAGAGAAUACGGCCCCUCGAGUCGAAAUUCCUCUGGACCCGCGCUCACGAGCAGGCCUUAUCCAUGUCGACGACGCCGCGACAGGCAUCCAGGCGGUAAUUGAGCAGCUGGACCAGAUAGCAGCCACCACAUAUCCCGUCUUCGAUCUAGUGACGAGCCAGGAAAGCAUGCGGGAUGUCUUUGAGGCGGCGGCCGCAGCGUGGGGGUACACCGGCGCCGUUGAGUUGGUAGGACAUGGCGGCGAUGCGUUCCACGAGGCCAUGAGCACGACGUUCAACGGGUCGUCUGCGCGCGCGAGGCAGCUGCUGGGGUGGCAGCCGCGGCGGGUGAAUGGCAUGGUGGCGGACAUGGAGGUGUAUGCGGCGGCAUUUGCAUCGCAGCACUAA